AUGGCGGCCGCGACAGCUGAGUUCAGGCGCGUGUUCACAGCGUUCGACCGCGACGCCGACGGCAAGAUCUCGGCGGCGGAGCUCCGGCUGUGCAUGAAGGCCGCGCUCGGCGAGGACAUGUCCGCGGAGGAGGCCGAGGCGCUCGUCUCGUCGGCGGACGCCGACGGCGACGGGCUGCUGGACGAGGAGGAGUUCACGAGGCUGGUGCAGCUUGGAAUGGACGAGGAGGAGAGGUGCAGGGGGCUGAGGGAGGCGUUCAGGAUGUACGAGAUGGAAGGGGAGGAACGCAUCACUCCGGUGAGCCUGAAAAGGAUGCUGAGCAAGCUCGGCUCGCAUCAGGACAUCGAGGAGUGCCAGGCCAUGAUCUGCAGGUUUGACCUCAAUGGAGAUGGAGUCAUCAGCUUUGAGGAGUUCAAGAUCAUGAUGGAAGCGUAGCAUAUUGAUGACACGAUGUACUGCUUCUUAAUUAGUGCAAUAUGUAUAAUCAUUCUAUAUUUGUAUGAUGAUAAAUUUUAUGGUUCUUAAGAAAGUAUAGGUAGACGUCAAAUUUUAUACUAAAACGUUUGUUAACUUAAAGUACAAAA